ACCACUGGGGCCGCACGUCGUCGCGUUCCGAAUUCAAACUUAUCGCCUUUUCCCUAAAUUCCGUGCGUUCCUAUCACUAUUCGAAAAAUAAGUGAGCUUCAAAUUCGAAUUUUGAAUUAUUACGUUUUGGCGCGUCGAGCCAGACAAACCAGACAAGGACCUCCCGUCGGAAGAGCAGGCGGCGACCAAGAUCCAGGCAGUGUUCAGGGGGCACAAGACUAGGAAAUCAAUGAGUAUGAAGGCCAGUAGCAAGCAGCCGCAGCAGCCCGAGCCGGAGCCCAGCAAGGCCGAGCUCGAGGCCGAGUUCCGAGCUGAUGAUAAAGACCUAUGUAACGCAGCGACCAAGAUCCAGGCCUCGUUCAGAGGCCACCAGGCCCGCAAGCAGACCCAGGCUGAGAAGGACAAGGAGCAGCAGGAUAAGGAAGACAUCGAGAAAAUCGACAUGACCGACCCAGAUUUGAACAAGGCCGCGACCAAGAUUCAAGCCUCUUUCCGUGGCCACAAGGUGCGCAAGGACACCACCAACUAAGGUGACCACACCGCGGUAGAACGUGGAAAGUCUCUGGCUUCGUAUGGAACUACAUUUUACUGUAAUCUGUGGAAGGAAACUUUGGGGUUUGUUUAUCAUUUGUAAAUGAGUUACAGUUUUAUUAUGUGAUAUUUUAUUUUGUUUAUUUGGGAUUUUUAAUCGUUUUUAACAUCUAAUUUACUGUUUUGUCACGAAUGCGAGCCAGAUAAAUAAUGAGUUUUUUUAAACACAAUAAAAAUGUUUAUGUUAUUUGGCUAUUAGUUUAUGAUUUGGCAGCAUAUUUCAAGUUAAUUAAAGGCAAAAGAUGUGGUUUUGUUUAUGAAGUUUUUGUAUAAAUCUAGUAUCCAAUAUUCAGAUUGACAGAUUUACAUAAUUUAAUGUAAGUAAAUGAACAAACUUAGUUCAACAAGUUUAUAUAUAACUUUAGGUUAAUAUUUUAUUUUUGUGUUAGUUAAUAUUGCUAGUUUAAUUUAUUGCAACAAACAUACGAAGUCAGACUAACUUGUCGUUAAUAGUUACGUAAAAGUGAGUAAUCGUGAAUGGUAUGUCAAUUCUUUUUAAACAAUUAAAAGUCAAUUCUGAAACCGUUGCAACUCAAAACUACACUUAUCUAUCAAUAGAUUGGAUUGACGUGUCUCAUGAAUACUAAAGAGUAGAAAAAAGUGGGAAUUUAUAAAAAUAUAAUAAAUAAUAUAUAGGUAUCUGUCCCGUUUUUCUAUUUCAAAAUUUUGGUCACACUACUUCGUGUCAAUCAAAAAUACAAUUCUUCGAGCUAUUGCUUUUAUAAUUAUUAAACAUUCCAUAUCUUUUUCCUUCUUUCAAAGUUUGUUGGAUAUUUAAGAUUUUAUUGAUGAUAAAUGUAGUGUUAAGAUUAUUAAAAAUAGAAUUUAGUGGCUGAAUACCCGCUUGUUUUUUAUCCUGAAAUUAUUAUUUUAAAGUUUGCCUUUAAAUGAAUCUAUAGGGUAAAUUUGUUUUUCUUACUUAUAUGUCAUAUUCGGAAACAAAAUGAUGUAUGUAUUAUGUACUUAUUGCAUCGAUUUUCGGAAUAAUCAAUGUUUGUUUUACACCCAUGUACACCAUACAAUCUCGCUGGAUUUCCUGUAAAUUGCUGAUAAAUUUAGGAUUUAUAUUACAAAUAAAAUAUUUAAUA